AUGGAUUCUACACAAACAAAUUCAAAAACGAAACCCAACUACUUUUUGAAAUACAGUUUGAUUGGACAUAAGAAAGCUGUAUCUAGUGUAAAAUUUUCACCAGAUGGAAAUUGGUUAGCAAGUGCUUCUGCUGAUAAAACGAUAAAAAUUUGGAAUGCAAUUAAUGGCCAAUAUGAAAAAACUUUUGAAGGACAUAAACAAGGUGUUUCUGAUAUGGCAUGGCGCAAUGAUUCAUUGACUCUGUGUUCUGGAUCAGACGAUACAACUAUAAGAAUUUGGAAUUUGAAUAUGGACGAAUCAAUAAAAGUACUUAAAGGUCAUACGAAUUACGUAUUUUGUGUAAAUUAUAGUCCACGAGGGAACAUUAUAGUUUCAGGGUCAUUUGAUGAAACUGUAAGAACAUGGGAUCCUAUAAAUGGAACGUGUCUAAGAAUUAUGUCUGCACAUUCUGAUCCAGUUUCUGGUGUACACUUUAAUCAUGAUGGAACAUUGAUUGCUUCGUGUAGUUAUGACGGACAAUGUUUAAAGACUUUGAUCGUUGAACAAGGAGAUACUGUGGAAUUAGAAGACAGGACAAGAAUUCAAAUUGGAGAUGUUGACUUUACAUUCAUAUUACCAAGCAUUGAAAAUAAUAUCGGCGAUGAUUAUAGUAGUAAUAAUAUCAAUGAUGAUGAAGAUUUCAAUCCUGAUUAUCAAAAAAUAAACAAAUCAACACCAUUAAAGACGACCAGCAGCAUAGAUAUUUUAUCCUCUUUAGCAUCUGCCACUAAUUAUUUUACUCAUUCUGUUCCUCUUUCUAAACAAGAUAAAGCACAUUGGGAGAAGCUUGUAUUGAAUUCUACCAUAGAUAAUGGUUGGUCAUUCAGAUGGGUUGACAAAAAAUCAAACCAAAUAUUAUUUAGUUAUGCAAAUCCAGGAUUGAAAUUGCCAAGCUGUAAAAUAUUAGCUGGUUGUAUUUUAACUAGUAAUUCUGAUAAAAUCAGGAUAGUUUAG